AUGUCCCUCGCGCCCGAAUUCGAGACAACCAGAGGAGAUCACGCGCCCGACGGAGAGUAUGUCCAGGACCUCAAACGGCGACUCAGAGAAUACGAGACUCAGGGCAUCGAGGCCUCGACCGAGGUCCAGAUGGCCGCGAGAAGAGUAGCCGAGGAGAACAAGCAGCUCCAGGAGCUCUUCAACAGGCAUGGCAUUAGCGACGACCAAAUAACCCGUUUCUUGCAGUCGGGCACCUUGCCACUUGAUUCCAACCAAGGCCAACCCUUUCACGCCGACGACCCUAGUGCCGCUGUCCAGUCGCUACAACGGCUCCUGAUGCCGCGACAACUGGCCAGUCUAGAUGAAGACUUCUCCCUAUAUUUGUCGGGACAGUCGAUUCCGAACCCCUCCACCACCGAGGGGUCGACGACAAGUUCGUCCGUCUGGGAGCCGUCGCAGCUCGUAACGUCCUCGUACGGCUAUCAACAUCACAUGGGCGUGGCUACUGCAGUCAUGGCAUCGGCUGUUCAUUCUCCGUAUCCACCGACAACCCCAUUGAGUCGCGCGAGCACCACGCGACAAGGCUGCGUCUAUGCCUACGUCUACUGGCGGCCGUACGGGGCGUAUCGCCGAUUCCAUUGGUUGUUUUAA